AUGGACUCGGAAAGGAAGCUGAUGCCGCCGCGAUCGCCGUCCGAGAGCGCAGGCAGCGCCCAGCGUCCUCAGGGGCCCCCAAGAAGCAAGGGUCUGACCCCCUCCGCCUCCUUCCAAGGCCACAGGGAAGGUGCACCACACACCCAGGGCGGGCAUCCGAUCACCCUCAGGCCAGAACCGGGGACCACCAUGCGGCCGCAGCUGACUCCUGAGGCGGUCAGGGCUGGGGGCCACUCAGGUCUGCAGGGCCGUCUCUCGGGGCUCACACCUGCUGCCCAAGUUCUGGCUACCGGCGCCAAGCUGCUGCCCCCCACGAUGCCUCAGCAUCCCCCAGCCAUCGUGGAUCAGAAACACUUCCUCCUGGCCCAAUCUCUAAUGCUCUAG